CACCCUCCUUCCAAGCUCUUGUUCAGCAGUCACACUCGUUUCCACUUUUUCUGUUGUGAUACGAUAAUAGUUGUCUCACUAAACUGGAACUGCCCUGAGAUGUUGGCAACUCUUGAAAAUAUUCAAUACUUCCAAGAUCUGGGCCCUAGAGAGCCGUCGUCAGGGAACCUGGACCUCGACAUGAUUGAGGAGUACCUGCAGGAGCACUCGGUCGAGGUGAUGUGUGCACCAGGUGUGCAGAGGCAAAAUCAAGAGGAGCACGGUAUUGCAGAGAACAGCUGGUCUGGACAUUAUGCAUAUGAAUGGCAUUAUGGUGGAGUGCCAGGAACAGAUGAGACGCAUGAACCACAGCCUCAGCAGCAGCAGCAGCAGCAGCAGACGUGGCUCUGUCAGUCCAGUCACAAUGAGUGGGGACACUUCCAGUAUGACAGAAACCGGUACAGUGACUCAGAUUCGCUGUCCACCAGUUCUGGUUGCCAAGAAUUUCCACCAUCUCCGACCUCCGACAUGAAGGGUCAAAUUUCAUAUGACUCCCUGGCUCUAGCGCCGCUCUCAGGUAAAAGGAAAGAGCGGCUGUUUCAGUUCUUAUAUGAGAUGCUACAGACACCAGACAUGCGGAGCUGCAUUUGGUGGGUUCAGUCUAACAACGGAACGUUUCAGUUUUCGUCCCAGAACAAGGAAAAGCUGGCUGAGAUGUGGGGCAGACGCAAGGGUAACCGGAAAACCAUGACGUACCAGAAAAUGGCCCGCGCCCUACGAAACUAUUCGCGAACAGGAGAGAUCUGCAAAGUGAAGCGUAAACUCACCUAUCAGUUCACUGAGGGAACACUGAGAGGCCUUCAGAACAAAUGA